CGAUCCGACUUUGUCUGAACCCGCACCUCUGUGCACUUUCCACCGCACUGCGAUGUGGCCUGCACUCCGUGACAGCCAGACAUCAGGAUGGAGUCGUCAAGUGGGGAGGAAACCAUACCAAUCACAAGCCUGACACCCGACACCGCACCACCGCCCGACAAAUCCAUUCGAGGCAUCGUCACGCUCUCCUGGCCCUACUCCUCCUCGACCCGACAAUGCGCCUUCCUGCUCGCCGACCCGGACUUCCGCCUGCGCGGCCGCAAGGGACAAGUGCGCAUCCGCUUCACGGGCGCGAGUGCUGAAGCCGUUGCGAAGACUCGGGUCGGCAUUGGAGAUGAGGUUGUUUUGGGGUUACUCGGGGCUUCGUGGGAGCAGGAUCCGGAGGCUACGAGAACGCCUGGGAGGAGUGUGGAUGGCGAGUUGAUGUUCAAGAGACGGUUGCGACUGGGUGUUGUGAAGGAUGGGGGGGAGAUGGUGCGGCUGGAUGUUGAUGCGCCUGCGUCUCCUCCGCCUAUUUCACGCCAGGAACCCGAUGUUCUGGCUACACCGUUGCCGAAGACUGUUACUGGUUUGAUGACGGAUUUGCAUGGGGCGAGUGAGGGCCUUCCGCGCUUCACGUAUACUUCUCCGGCGUUCAUGAAGAGAGCGCGGUUGUCUGGAGAUGGCUUUGCGGGUCCACGACUUGAUCCAUUCGAAGCAGACGAUGAUGUACAGCAGACUUCUGAAGGAAGAUGGUCUUCUUUCGGCAGCAGUCGACCCUGGCGAUAUCGGCAAAGGACGCCUUCGCCUAAGAAGACAAGUUUCGAAGAGAUCAGCGAUGCAGCGAGAGAAUCUGUACCGGGGAGCAUGCUACCUCCUUCACCGACACUUCGAGUGACAACGACGCAAGGCGAAGUGAAUCCAGGAUCCGUCGCAGAACCGACUGCCGAUCAAACGCAAGGUCCCACGACGCCGCAAUUGCGACCAGUCGUGUCUCCAACCUUACCACUGCCCUCCCCUUUCCCGGUCGAAGGCAACCCUUUCCAGCAGCAAUUAGGCCAAGGCUCCUUGGAGGCACUGAACAGCGCGCGUGACGCACCGGUGAUCGCUAGUUACGAAGCUUUCAGGCAGCAGUAUGCAUCUUCCCAGAUGCUCCCGACUCAGACCGUGGCUCCGGGCUCGAGCAUCAUGGACAGCGCAACGGCAACGAAAGACAACUUGGCACAGGACACGCAAAGCAAGUUGGUCGAAGAAGCUCCACAACAGGAUUUGCUCAGUCCGACGGCGCCCGAGAAAGCAAAAGACGAUCUACCUUUAACGCCAGCGAGGCCGGAAAGCCCCAAGACGAAGCCUGUCGCACAAGAAGACACUACAACCCCAGCCCAACGGUCCAAUCAUGCCACCCCUCAAUCUGACAAGGACAAGAUCAUGGCGCAGACCUUCCGCAGUCUGUUUGGGUUCGGAGCAUCUCAAGACACAGCACCGCCAGACAAGCCCAAGAGUCCAUCUCCUUUGCUGGCGAUUUCGAAUUUGGACGGAACCAGUAUGGAAACACCUGAUUUGAACUAUAAGCGACAACAACUCGAUUUCGACGGACAAGCAUCUCAAGACACAGCACCGUCAGACGAGCCUAAGAGUCCAAGUGCUUUGCUGGCGAUUUCGAACUUGGACGGGAGCAUCAUGGAAACGCCUAGUUCGAACUUUGAGAGACAACAUUUCGGUUUCGACGGGCAAGCGUCUGACCUGCCGCCAGAACCAUCUGGUCUGGAUAUUGCGGAAGACUCUCACUCGGUCUCAUCGGCGCAGGAGCAGUCAUACCUGCCGGCACCGCCCGUUCUACCAGACCGAUCACCACUGCUCGAGCCGUCUGCCAACCAGUCUGAGAUCGAAAUUAUUGACCUCGGCUCCAGCUCCGACGAGGAGACGAUCAAAGAAGUGGAAUCAAAGCAGCCACCGGUAGUUUCAGUACCGCAAAGACAAGUUCCAACACUAGAAAUCCAGGAUACAUUCGCGGAAGCAGACGAAGCGGAUCUCCUUGCUGAGCUGCCCGAAGUGGUUCCUCUCCAGAUACCAGAGACGUUGUCGGAGUCAAUGGAUCUCGAAAUUGUCGCUGAGGCCGCACCGCAGACCUUGCCUAUUCAUGAACCGGAAGUGAGCCCGGUCGGCGAGUUGAGUGAACUUGUGCCGCCUACAGGUUCACACCCGAUGUCUCCUAUUGUCCUCGACUCAUUGUCCCCAGUCGAAUUGAAAGAUGCCUCAUUUGACAGCCCGGAACCUCCAAGUAUCGACGCUGUUCAAGAGAUUCCAGACGCACCAGUUGAAAUUGAGAAGGCGGAAAUGAUUGCUGACCAGCCUCUGGAACGCCAAUCACAAUCGCCGGCAUCUCAAGCCGCGACAGCCGCUCAACUGGAACGACUAGAGGACCGUUCGGAAGUACUGCAACACACCAUGGAGGAGCCGUUGUAUCCAGAUCUCCCUCUCAGUCCAUCCGACUCGCAGUCACUGCGGGCCAUGGCUUCGCAGGCUGCGCUACCGAGUGUCAUACCAGAGAUGAGCGGCAAUGUCUUCCCGCCUACUCCACAGCUCACUCAGCAAGAGUCUGUAGUGCAGCAACCCGUAUUACCCCAGGAUCCUGCUGAUGAGCUUACGGCCACGGAGGAACAAGCUUCGACCCUUCAAGAAGCUGCCGAGGAGGUAGAUGCGCCGGUUGCGAAAAGAACAAGGACACGCAAAAGGAAGGCCAAAAGUUCGCGAGUCAGCGAUGUGCCUGCUGUGAUCUCUGACUGGUUUUCACCCAAGGCCAGUGACACUCAUGCCAAAGAGGCCCAACAAACGCCUCGUCGAAAUGGGUUCACUGAAACUGAGGUGCAGCAGACGCCCACACAUCCACCAAUUAAAGAGGACGCCUUGACACAAAGUGAGCAAAACCAGACUUUGAACAGAGAAGCAAGCGGCUUCUCCACUUCUUCAGCAUACUUCACUCCUCUCGCGCACCUGGGAAGACUGCUUAACGUCUCUAGCCAACAAGCGCUCGGCAGCAACACCGUGGACGUCUUCGCCGUCGUCACAGACCAGACAACCGAAGCGGUGCGCGCUAAAAGCGGACCCCGUGACUACUUCACCAUCUUCAAAAUCGCGGAUGCCAGCGUGCCGGACAAGGCAAACGCCGUGCGUGUCGAGGUGUAUCGUCCGUGGCUGGCGACACUGCCGGUCGCUGCUGUAGGCGAUGUCAUCCUCCUCCGCGCUUUUGCGGUCAAGUCGCGCAAGCGGAGGCCUUACUUGUUGUCUACGGACGCGAGCGCCUGGUGUGUGUGGAGAUACGGUGAGGGGAGUGCGGAGGAGGGGACGGAGAACGACAAGCCUGUGUGGGCGCGGAAGGGAGGUGGCAGUGUUAAUGAAGUGAUCACAGGGCCUCCUGUUGAGUUUGGUGAGGAGGAGAAGAAGCAUGCUGAGGGCUUGCGGGAGUGGUGGCUGCAUGCCUUGCGUGAUGAGCAGGGCAACGGGGUGGAUGAGGACCUUGACGAUGCGACUACGAUGAAUGGCAAUGCUGCUGCGCAGGUGGUGGAGGCGGCGAAGUUGUAGUGGCUGUCCAUUCUAAUAGCCUCACUUCUAAACAAUGACUUUGGAAAUCCAUUUGCUGUGGGUUAUCUUGAUCGC